UUAGUCAGUUACCGCCCCUGAAUGGUAUAAUAGGUGGCGCUCUAGUUGUUGCGGUCCCAGUGUAUUUCCGGUAAGUACACUUGAGAUUGGUAAGAGAGUGGACGUAAAACCCGUUAAAUGAUCUAGCGGAGAGGAUAUGCCGAAAACGUGUUGCUGUGUCCCGUAUUGUAGUGAAAGAGGGGGGCAUGCAUUCCCGAAGGAUGAAAGACUCAAGUUAUUAUGGUUGUCGGCUAUCAAACGAAACUCGUCGGAGAAAAGAUUCCAGCGGUGGACCCCAACAAAGUCGAGCGUCGUUUGUUGCGGUCACUUCAGUGAUGCCGACUACAAAACAGAGACCUCAUACGGUAAGUCAUCGGCUUUGAUGUUUCGAUUAUUGUUAAUUUUCAAAUUCAUCAUGUUUCUGUAAUGUUAAAGCUAGAUGGUUUUGAAAACGCAUACCCGUGUUUUCCCACCUAGGGUCUGGGUCGUUAUCAAUAUCGGUACUGUGGCUAUUAUUAAACCCGUACAUAUGUAUACAAUGCAAGUCGAGUAACAAGCAAUAGCAAAAGCAGUCAUCGGUAUUCUUAUAAGCGUGUCCGCUUCUUGACCACCUGUUUUUUAAUUAUUCUAUUUACAGUACGCAUGCCCAAAUCAUGUAUCAAGUAUAGUAGAUUCCUCACCCAUUCAUAAUGACCCAGCAAAAAAAAUCUUUCACUUGUUUAAUUUCAACAUAUAUGCUGUUUACUGUUGUUGUUGUUUUAUUUUCUUUUGUUUAAUUUACUUUUGUUUUGUUUCAUGUCAUGGCCGAGUCUAAUGCAGCAACUACUAAUGAUCAAAUCAAAAUGAACUAUAUACUAGCCAAGCGUUCUGAUAAUAUUGUUUGGAUAUAUGUAUAGUCAUUUUGUUUGAUUGAUCUUACAACAUUCAAGCUGCCGAAGGAUGGAUAGUAUCAUCUGAUGGUGAAUCUAUUUGUAAACAAUGAUUAAAGGGUACUUUACCAUUGCGCAAGCAACUGAGGGAUGGAGCUGUCCCAAGCAUUUUUGCAUGGAAACCAACAGAAAAUUCCGGUCCCAGAGCAAAACGUCUGUGUGUACGAAAUGCAGAAAAAGAAUCUAAUGGUAGAUUUGUAAUGAAUGAUUUUUUAUAUGAUAGUCGCUGUCCUUCUUCAGAUGAUCAAGAGGUGGAAAUUGAUCCUUCUAGUGACUUGAAUGUUGCUUAUGAGGAGUGUGUUACUGACUCAUCUCUAUCGAUCUACAUUGAAGAAGAAUGUAUUGAUAUUGCAGAGUCACCGUUGCUGACAAAUGCAUGUACACAAACACCACAUCUACCUGUACUUUCCAUUGAAUAUUUUGUAAGUGAUGAUGCUGGAACCAUGUUUUACACAGGAUUGUCUUCGUACAAGGAUUUUAAGUUUGUGUUGGCAUGUCUCGGAGAUGGUGUGAAUCAUCUGAAUUAUCUGUACAAUCAGGUAGAAAAUGUUUCUAUUGAAAAUCAACUCUUUUUAACUUUAAUUAAGUUAAGACAGAACAAAACAAAUUUUGAACUCAGUCGUCUUUUCAAUAUUUCUGAGACAUCUGUUGCUAACAUUUGGAUCACAUGGCUUAAUUUUAUGUAUCGACAAUGGCAAGAGAUACAAUGGUGGCCUGAACGAGAUCUUGUAAGAUAUUUUUGUCCAACUGAUUUUUUGUCCAAGUUUCCUACUACCAGAGUAAUUGUUGAUGGAACAGAGUGCCCUGUGAAAAAACCUAGGCCUCCUGUUGCUCAACAGUCAACCUAUUCAACAUACAAAAAUAGGAAUACGAUUAAAGUGUUAGUAGGGACAACUCCAGGUGGAUUAGUCUCCUAUUUAUCUCCUGCUUAUGGAGGGUCAGUCAGUGAUCGUCAGAUUGUUGAAAGGAGUAAUUUGGCCAGUAUUUGUGACCCAGGAGAUUCUAUAAUGGCAGACAAGGGAUUUAAUGUUCAGGAUUUGUUUGCUGUUAGAGAUGUAGCUAUUAAUAUACCUACUUUCUUUAGAAAGAAAAAUAGGAUGACAGGCAAAGUUGUGCUCAGAGACAGGAAAAUAUCAAGUAAGCGUGUUCAUGUUGAACGUUUAAUUGGCCUAGCAAAGACUUAUAAAAUACUAGCAAUGCCAAUGAACAAUAUGCAGACAAAGCUUUCGAGUGAAAUCACAUUUGUUUGUUUUAUGCUUUGCAACUUCAGAAAAUGUAUUGUUCCAAGACAUGCAUGAAAAGAUUGACAUCAAAAGUCAGAUUACCGGGUAUAUAAAAAGAUAUUAUGUCAUAAAGAUUUUACUUACAGUUGUAGAUUUUAUGUAUAACUUCAUUGGCAGUUCUAUCACUAUCAAACUUUGAUAUUCCAUAUCUGAACUACUUAUCUCCUAUCUUCACACAGUAUGAUUAAUAUCAAUGGGUCAUUUAUACAAAAUAUGUUAAAUAAAAAAACAUCAUUUAAUUUUGGUAGGCAAAUAACUUUAUGAUCAGGAAGUAGUGUUGAUUAAUUUAAACAAGGCUUUUUGAAAUAUAUUUUUGUAUUUCAAAAUCAAAUUCCAACAUUACAAGUAAAAUGAAGAUAAUACAAGUCCAACUUUUAACUGGCGGUCAUUAUCACAAAUGUUACACACCUAUAUAUGUACUGGUAGGUUUGGUUUAUAAUAUUUUACAUCCUAUUAGUAUAAUUACUAUAGCAGCCAUGGUUAUUAAAGGAAUUGCCGGGCUAAGGUGGAUGAGAAAGCCAGUGUACCCGGAGAAAAACCAUGUUUAUAUGCCCUGCAUUUGUUUUCAAACUGGUAACCUAAAGGUAGAUAGUGAUAGCAUUCAGCCACCAAUAUCUAUACAUAUAAUGUACACAUUUAUCAUCUUUGUCAAAUAUAGAGUACAUACCAAACACAAUUGUUGAUCUAAUUCAAAGAAAGAAGACCAAAAAGAAGUAACUGAUAUCAAAAGUUCCAUCUUAUUUCAUUUUUUUCUGUUGUGUGUUUACAUUCAAGAUCUUAUACUUUUUAAGAAAAUCUUCUAUCCAUAUAUGGUACCCGUGUAAUUAUUUUCAUGAACCCCAACUUAAUGUAUUCAAUUUCCUUACAGUUUGAGAAGGUUGAACAAUAGUAUAGUUUAUCAUCACUAUUUGUCUUUGUAGUCAUGGAUUUGAGAUGACUACUAGUAGGUAAUCAAUGUAACACAUAAUUGAGAAACUCUAACUACGGACUUUUUGAGUAAAAUAUCUUUCCCAUCUCUGGACUCGGUAUGAAAUAUGGGUACUAUGGAUAUAUAUCCAUAUUAAGUAUACUUACAUAGAAGGGAAAUCAACCCUUUGAUAUAAAGUGAUUUAGCUUCGAGUCUAUGGUAAGAUAUUUCGAUUGAAUAGUCCUUAGUUUAAGUUAUGAUGUCUCUAGUUUUGAAAUGAAUAUCUGUUGUAAUCUUUGAAGUAGAACCUUUCCAGAACAGCUGCUUUAAAGUUAAGGUUGAAAAAAAUCUCAAGUUCUGUAAUCAUGUCCUCUAUAAAUGUGUCAUCACGAGGGACACUAAUGAUCUUUGUGUCUUUGAAGGUGUACACAACUAGUUUGCACAGAUUACGUCCUGUACAGAACAGCUGACCCUGAAUUUGGUAGUAGUAGUUGUGAGUUUGGUCAAGUACCAGUUCUCCACUAACAAAGUCUAGGUAAGGAACAGUUUCAGGAGUGAUCUCGCUGUCUUUUGCACUGUAUGGACAUUUUAUUUCAACUAGUUCAGACUCACCUAGCAGUGCAUCAGGAGAAGAUGCUAAGAAAGGAUAAGAUUUACUAACAAAUAAACCACAUUUCUGUGUUUGCACACCAGUCAUAUCCUCAAAUUUACUGAGGGCAAGUGAUUCAUAUGUCUGUCCAUGAUGAAUAGGUGCAGGGGAUGUUGAUGUUUCUUGGUCAUUGUGUACAUGUGAAGUGUUGCUAUGUUGUGUCAAUGUCCUUGCCAGUUUUACCAUGUUGGUCUUGUUUGUUGCUUUACUGAUUCUGCCAAAAUUCGAUGAGGUAAUCCGUAUGCAUCUUUCUUGAAACCAACUCUUACUUGAAGCUUGAUCGCGAGUGUUUUUUUCAAUUUGUGUUAUCUCGUCAACAGUUAUUUUUGUAAUUUUCAUUUUCUGCAACCAAAUGUCGGAGGAUGUUAAUUCAAAAUAGUCAUGAUCUUUAUCAAGGGCAUAUGGGUUUGCUGGUUUGAAAAGUUGUGAUACAGGAUAGUCAUUAACUUGAUUGUGGUUCAUCCAAAUUGACCUAAAGUGAUCAUUGUAUCCUGGAAUAUUUCGGUAUUGCUGUGGACGUGGAUCAAAAUUUACACAUUUAACAGACUCUUUUGCAAGUGGAAGUUCACUGGCCUUGAUUGGGCUUCCAUGGUAGGGCUUUGUUUUGUGAAAUGAUUGUAGUUUUUGAGUACAAGUUUCCUCUGUAAAUACUUCCUUAGUAACUGAAAAUCUAUGGCAUGCAAAAAGAACAGCACAAACAUGUUUACAGUGGGCUUUCGGACCCAUACCAGCUGCACAUUCACACUGUCCCUCAACCACACAACCCUUCUUGUCAAUACAUACAUCUACAACAUAUGAUACACUUUUCUUCAUUUGCGCACGGCAUUCAGAUCUUAUGUAAAAGCUGUCAGCCUCUGAUGCCAAACGUAAAUAUUUGAGAAAUCGAUUUGAGUACAAAUCUUUAGCGUCACUGUCUAUAGUCUUUUGUAGUGGAAGGAGAUAUGACUCUACUGCCUCUAAUGUCAAGUUUGUGAAAUCUGUGUCUUGGUUAAUAUCUCUAUAACUCUCGAAACCUGGCACACUCAUACUAAAUUCAGGCUCUAACUCUUCACGACCAAAAUCUUUGUUUCUAUCAUACGCCUCAAGCCUGAAACAUGCAAAUUAGAAUAUAUAUUAUACAUGUAACUAUGUAUAGAUUUUUAUGGCUCACAAGCUAAAAGUUGACCCUCACAUGUCUAAUGCUAUUUUCAUUUGAGCUGAUACAUGAUCCUAUUUGAAGUAUAAAAAUAAUCUAAAUGUAAUUUAACAAUGUAAUUAAAUUAUCUUCACUUUACUGGAGUUGGUCAUCAGUGUUUACAAGUGUUGAAGUAAUAAAACAAUAUCAAACACAAA